UGCGCUCCCCACCCUGGUCUGAGGAAGGAACAGUCUUCACAGCUGGACGACAGCUGGCGACCAGCUUGGGCAGCCACGAGGUACAAAGGUACAACUGGACGGGUGGCACGGCUUGGAGCAAGUCGAGGAGAGUGUCGUCAUCUCCCGAACGGCCGCCCAUUCCAGGCUGGGGCUCCAUCGUAACCAGCAGCUAAGCCACUCUAUCACCACUCACACCAUGUCUUCUGCCUCUCCUCCCCGACGUCCUUUGUACGUUUUCGACAUCCGAGCAUCACUGGCGUAGAACAAGCACAGGCUCUUUCUUGAUUCGUGUUCUCUGUGGUGCAUCGCAUCAGCUUUGGCUUUUUACCCCAAAUCAUGUUCGACAAACUCAAGGAGAAGGUGAAGCAUGGUAUGUUCAUAGCGGGUCUUGUCCAGUCUGUCUGAUAUAUUGUCACAUCAUUUGCUGCGGCGGAAGCUGCCAUCCAACGGUCCUGUCCUCCCUGGUCAUACCAAUCGAAUCACUUUCCCCCUGGCACAAGAGCUGUCAUCGCCCCCGAUCUCCCUGUCAAGCCGGCUAGCCGCCGCCCCUCCGUAUUAUUAUUAGCUACGCCACAGUACCUGCAUACAUCCGCACCCGCUCAUACGUACCCCACGAGGCUGUGACACUCCUCAGUUCCCUCUUCGCCAUGCCAGAUAGAGGCCGCCUGUUAUCCAUAAUAUCCGUAUUCCUUGUCUUUAUAAGCGUCGUCCUCUUCAUCCAGGCCCAGCAGAUUCCUCUUCUCCAACAUAACAUUCAGGAAUUUGACAACUCUUACUACCAAGGCCUCAACUCCCAACACAUGCCAUCCCCAAACAACACCAUGGGCGGCGGACCAGUAACAAAAGGCUACCGAAGCGUCGCAUACUUCGUCAACUGGGCCAUAUAUGGCCGGAAACACUUUCCCUGGGAGCUGCCAGUCGAGCAUCUUACCCAUGUCCUUUACUCUUUUGCAAAUGUCCGCCCCGAGUCGGGAGAGGUGUACCUGACCGACAGCUGGGCGGACCAAGAGAUUCACUGGGAUGGUGACAAGUGGGAAGACGGGCACAAGCUGUACGGCUGCCUGAAGCAACUCAACCUCCUCAAGCGCCGCAACCGCAACCUAAAGAUCCUCCUUUCCAUCGGCGGUUGGACCUAUUCCUCCAACUUCAGACAGCCCGCAUCAACGCCCCAGGGCCGAGCCAACUUUGCCAGAUCAGCCGUCAAUAUUCUGAAGAAUUACGGCUUUGACGGAUUGGACAUCGACUGGGAGUACCCGCAGAACUCGACCGAGGCCGCCGACUGGGUGGCCCUCCUCAAGGCCUGCAGGGAGGAGAUGGACGCCUACGCCCGCACACUGCCCCCCGAGCCAGGCCACGGCGGCCCCCACCACUUUGAGCUCACGGUAGCCUGCCCCGCCGGCGCGCAGAACUACGAGAAGCUGGACCUGCGCGGGAUGGACCGCUACCUCGACUUCUGGAACCUCAUGGCCUACGACUACGCCGGCUCCUGGGACCAGGUGGCGGGCCACCAGGCGAACCUGUACCCGAACCGGAACCACCCCAACACGACGCCCUUCAGCACGGCCGGCGCCCUCGAGCACUACACCCGGCACGUGCACCCGUCCAAGAUCGUCGUGGGCAUGCCGCUGUACGGGCGCGCGUUCGAGAACACGGACGGCGUGGGGAGGCCCUACAGCGGCAUCGGCGAGGGCAGCUGGGAGCGGGGCGUGUACGACUACAAGGCGCUGCCCCUCCCCGGCGCCCGCGAGUUCUACGACCACGACAGCGGCGCCAGCUACAGCUACGACCCCGCCCGGAGGAUGAUGGUCAGCUACGACACGCUGCCCAUGGCCAGGGACAAGGCCGGGUACAUCAAGAACCACGGCCUCGGCGGCGGCAUGUGGUGGGAGUCGUCGUCGGACCGCAAGGGCAACCAGAGCCUGAUCGAGAAUGUCGUUGACGUCUUUGGCGGGCCCGGCGCGCUGAGGAGGGAUAUCAACCAGCUUGAGUGCCCCGAGAGCGAGUGGGAGAACCUGAGGAAUGGGUUCAAGGAUUGAGAGCCGGCCGGCCGGCCGGCCCUUCACAGCGUUUUCAGAAUGUGUUUAGAUGAGCAUUACCUCGUGCAUGCAUGCAUAUAGCCAGAAUUGUCUACAAUCCAGCCAGCCUUUCUCGAAUUGUGCACGCACCAUCCUGUUGUCCCGAGCCGCGACAGGCCUUUUCGGGGCGGCAUCCAGACGUCUGAAUGCCAUGCACACUGUGUGUUACCGGGGGUUGGAUGCUCAAUGGACAUACGAUGCUGAAGUUAAUGGCGACCACACUGUGAAUAGGUUGAGUGGGGUUGGACCAGGCUCAAAAUCGGCGAUGGUCCUUCUGUGGCUCUGGCGUGUUGCAAGACCCCGAAGGAGCAGGAGGCCGGUGAGGUGGUACCAAUUAGUAAAGAGUUGUGGUUGCCAGCGAUCCAAGUUCAGGAGCCUGUUGGCAGCUGGCUACGGAAUUGUUGAAGCACAAGAACAUCACGUGUCAAGACAGGGCAAGAAUUUUAUGUUGUGAUCGUGACCUUC